UCCACAAUAGUUUAAACCCGUAAAAGCAGAAGCAGAUAUUUAGCUAAGUUGCAAGUGAAGAGUCGCCGAAGGAUAUAUCCUCAACUCCAGAAGUGAGAUAACUUACAGAAAAUUACGAAGCACAGAAACUGAAAGCUUACAUUUAUUUUACUGACCACAAUACCUAUCGGCUUAUGUUCGACAAAAGUUUAGGAAGCGGAACACCACUGGUCAAAAGACCAAUUCUAUUUUUGUGAAUUCCAACUUGCUCUCCUUUAUGAGCAUUUUUGAGCAAUAUUUAUUGAGCAACGGAUUAAACUUCUUGCGCUGAUUAAGUUGAAGGGCGAGGAGAGCAGCUCGAUUUUUGUUAUUCUUAGUACCUUUUAUCACCAAUACCUUUUGAGCAACUAGAACCUGAUUAAAAUAUAGAGCACUUCUUAUUUUGCGAAUCAAUAUUUAUUGAGCAACGGAUUAGACGUCUUGCACUGAUCAAGUUGGACAACGAGAAGAGGAACAGCUCGAGAUUUAUUAUAUUAGUAUCUUCUAUUUCUUCAACGAUAGAAGCUAGAAUUUUGCCAGCCUCACUAGCAUUUGUGAUCAAUAUUUAUUGAGCAACGCAUUAAACGCAGAUCAAGUUGAACAGAUCGAGUUUUGUUGUGAGUUGAAGGAAAAGAUUGCACUCUAUAUAUAUAUCUAUAUUUGAGCAACUAGAACCUGAUUAAAAUAUAGAUCAGUUCCUAUUUUGUGAAUCAAUAUUUAUUGAGGCAAAUAGAACCUUGCUAAUUCCGAUACAGCGCGCCUGCGAACAUUUCGUUCUGAUCGAUCUGAUGAACAGUCGUUUAUAUAGCAUUUAGUUUUCGAAUACAAGCAAGCAAGUAUAGUCCAAAAUGAGCGAACGGGCCUGGCGCGCCACCAAUGUGUGUGCAACGCACAACACGUUGAAACAGUGGUCGCGCACCGACAUCCUAAAAUGGGUCAACUCGCUACUCAAGGUGGAACUGGACAAGAUCGAGCAAUUGUGCACAGGCGCCGCUUACUGCAAUCUGAUGGACAUGCUGUUCCCGGGAUGUGUGAAUUUGAACAAGGUGAAGUUUAUAUCGAAUCAGGAGUAUGAGUUCAUUGAGAACUUUAGGUUGCUGCAGAAGAGCUUCAUUGCAAUGAAGGUGAAGACACCGAUACCGAUUGAACAGCUGGUGAAGGGGCGAUUCCAAGAUAACUUUGCGUUCUCUUUGUGGUUUCGCCACUUCUUCAUGGCGAACUACAAAGAGAAAUGCAAAGAUUACGACGCCCCCAAGGCACGGGGUCACCAAACUAUUGCAGUUGGCCAAGCAAAGGUGUCCGCGAAAUCUAAAAAGCGCAGCCUAACGCCCAACCCUGAAAAGCUGACCACAGCUAGCACACCAGGCAAGCUAAAGCGCAGCCAUUCAGAACUCGAUAUCGGUUCGCAAAGUGGGCACGUAUUGCAACAAAUCGAAGCAGAACCAGAUAGAAACCAGGCAGAGAAUCCGCUUCCGUUGUCUGUUGAGCCGGAACAGUCGCCAGUGGAGGACAAGGCGGACGAGCAAGAGCCGCAAGAGACAAUGAAAGCGGAAGCUGCAGACACACCAAUUACACCCACAGAACUAUCCAAAUCCAAUAAUGCUGCAGCAGAGCCAGAGACAGCUGUUAUGGGCAAAAACAAGCUGGGCCCAGAUAAGACGAAACAUACAGCUUUGACGAAGCCAACCACUCGUCAGGCAGUUCCCACAACGCCCUUGGUGCGAAACGCUGCACAACGACCGCCAAUGGGCGAUAGGAGGACAUCACAGAUUCAGCCGCAGCCGCAGCUGCGGAGGCUAGCUGGAGGAGCGAAGGCACCAGCGAUGAGCCAACUGCCACGCCUUAAACAGUCGAUGGACAGCGUUAAGAAAUCCUUGCAUGUCACCAUGAAACGAUCGGUGACGCGCAUGAGCAGUGUCCUGCCAAAGGUGCCGGUACAGCAGACGAGACUGCCAUCCUACAGGCGAGCUGAGGCUGUGCAGCAGCAAAGGGCCCCCAGUUUAGCCCGUAAUCUGGGGCAAGGGAUUAUAAAAGCCAAGCAGGUCGCGGGUCAACUAAAAAGCCGACUGCCCAUUCCAAUGCGUUUGGCCAAACAACCGGUGCCAGAGCAGAGCGAUAAUCUUUUCUGCCUGCUGAUGAAGCAGCCAACGAUUGAGACCUUCAAUUUGGUAACAUUGGUGAACGCAACCGUGAAAGAUAGAUCGGCGAAACCAGCCCCAGGAAAGGCCACUCAACAGAAGCAGCUGCAAAGAAAACGGGUCACCCCACCCAAGAGAUCGCAGCCUAAGCGAACAACUGUACAGCAAGGAGGCGAACGCUCCCAGAGCAAGAUUGGUUGUAUCGACCCGAUUGAGGUCAAGCGAUUGACUGAGCGUGCAGCAGGCCGGCUGGCACAAAAGAAAGCAGCACCAGCACCAGCUCCCAUUGUGAUGGCGACCAAUGAUGACAAUGCAGACAAUGGUCAGGAUCCUGACAAGACACCCAGGCCCAGCCAAAGACAUGCGUCCAUGCAGGGGCUGUGCAUCAGCUUUCCCGACACCGAUUCGCUCUCAUCGCUCUCCGACUGCGAUGAACGCGCCAUUCCGGACGAAGUGGCCAAGCGUCAAAACUGUCAGCUGAAUAUUUACGACGACGAGGUGCUCGAGGGCGAGUUGGUCGACACCAGUUCGGGGGACGAUGCCAACAGCUAUUACUGCUGGGAGCAGGAGCAGCAGAAAAUGGAGCUCCUAAUGCUGCGCAUCGAGCGGGACGUUUAUUUUAAGAAAUUGCUGCAAAUUGAAAAAGUGUCGCAGGCCAAGCCAAUGGUUAGGGUUGCCCAAAUCCAGCGCAUUCUGUACGAGCUGGAUGAUGGCUUCAAGGUGCCUUGCAACCGCGAUCGCCCAGUAAUGUCCGAUAGCAUCCCCCUCAACAAAAAGAAGAAGUCCAAGUUUCAGGCAAUUGUUGCUGAUCCUGUUUCAGGCACUUCCAAUAAGAGCGGGCGGCCUCGUAAGCCCAAAAUCUAGUUUUAUUUCCAUUUUUCUUAGCCUCAAAGGCAAAUACGCAUUCAAAGCUUCUGGACACACUUUUUCGGCUUCCAAUAAUCAAACCUUCAUCGCAAAUUAUAAAAUGUUCUCAACUUAGCACUUUCCAAUUCGGCCCCAAACCAAGCAAAGUAUUCUUUGACUUCAAUUUAAAUUCUAAAUUAACACAAUUUUCUAUUCGCUAUUUUAAUGAGUUCUGCUCGAAAAGUGUGUGCAUUCAAUAAAAAAUUUUAAGUGGGAAACCGCAAAAUCGA